AAGCCGCAUAGAAUUGCUCGCAAUAUGUGCUGAGGCAGCGUAGCUAGCGUAGCGUAACCGUAAGUAGCGCCUGACUGAGGGCCUGAAGGCCCUUAGAGGGGAUAUUUUCCCUUGGCGACUGGUGGUUCGACGGAAGCAAAAUCAAGGAAACUCGGUGCUUGGUCUUUGUCCGAAAUCCGUCCUGUGCUAUCGAUUUCCAACAUGCCUUAUAUCAACGAACGAGGCGAAAUCAUGGAGUCGCGGCCUCUGUGGCGGAUAGGAACCAUUACCGAUUUUUUCCAAGGUUUGGCACGGAUGGUCACUUUAUUCUUUCAGACUUUGUUUAUGAUGGAUUCUGAUAGUUCAAGCAGAUCAUCGUCGUCAAGGCUUGGAGGUCCAAGUGGGAGAAGAUCUCCUGGACAGCAGCCGAGACGCAGACUAGCCGGUUUUGGAAACCUCGACUCUGGCACAAUGAACUGCUCCAUUCCUGGUGGCGGAUGAGGCUAGAGGGUCUUCUGUACACAGAAGACCCGAGAAGCUGUCCUGACCCUCUGUGCACCAUGAAGCACACCUUCCUAGCAACAUGAUGAUGCUCACCCUUUCAACUCUAAUGUGAGCUAGGGUGUGACUGAAGCUUUGCCGAAGAGUUGCUUCCAAAUAUGUAUCAUCUCAGCAUUUUGUCACGCGGCAUAAAUUUAAAUUGCUUCGUAAGUGGGUUGAAUAAAAUUGCACGAGCAAGCCAUACGAGAGGAUGUUGCAACUGCUGUGGCUUAAUAAAGCUUUUGCACGUUUA